CAGAAAUUGAUCCUGAGAUUAUUCAUUAUACUUUUUGCAAGUAUUCUAUUUCUAAUACUAUAGAUAGAUUAAAAGAUAGUAAAAUAUAUCAUGACGAAAUCCUUGAUAAUAAAACUAAUGAAGCUAAUGAAAAUAAUUCUGAUAUAGAUUCUGGUGAUUCUAAUGAAAAUGAGGAGGAUUUUGAGGAUAAAGAAAAUAAUAAUAUAAUGAUUAAAGAAAAUGAGAAUGUUCUUCUUUUUACAAUAGAUUAA